CCACAAACACAAAACCAACUCUCCACUAUUCGCUCCAGACUCCGCCUGACAUACUAAGCUCAGAUAUUCCACAAUAUUCUUUUUUUAAAUGAAACACAUUUUAUAUAGAUAUAUAUAUUUUUAAAUGUUUUUAUUAAACCAAAUGCGAACCCAAGCGUGGAUGAAACUAAUCAGCACGUGUUUUUGGGGAGUGAGCCUGAUUUUGAUUGUGGCUCCCCCUGCCUCUUCGAUGGAGGUGAUGGUCUCUCACAACAUCAACGCUCUCAACGGCUCCACCAUCAAGCUGGCCUGCAACUUCAACUCCUGCUACCGAGUCGACAAGAGCAAGUUCAGCAUGAACUGGACCUACCAAGAGUGCUUCAACUGCACAGAGGAGCUGUUCCUCCUCUACAAGCAGAAAGACAUUAACCUGUGGCACCCUCGCUUCGGGGGCCGGGUGGUGUUCACGGGGAACCCCGAUAAGAACGACGUGUCUGUGACAAUCAGCGAGGUGCAGCUGUCUGACGAGGGCGUGUACCACUGCUACGUCAAGAACCCCCCCGACCGGCAGCUGGGGCACGGGGUCAUCAACUUCAACGUCAUCACCGAAGUGCCCCCGGAGCGAGACUCCACCAUCGCGGUGAUCAUCGGCGCCUCGGUGGGCGGGCUGCUCGCCGUGCUGAUCCUGGCGAUGGUCGUGGUGAAGUGUCUGCGGAGGCGCAAGAAGCAGGAGCUGGCAUCCCAGGAGCAGAAACUGGAGGAGGAGGGAAAGAACGAGGGAGGAGAGGGGGGAGCGGAGGACAGCAGCAAAUGAGCUCCUCACACACACACACACGCGCGCACACACACACACACUGACACGGACACACUGACACACACACACACACACACACACACACACACUGACACACACUGACACACGCGCGCGCACACACACGCACACACACGCACACACACGUACGCACACACACACACACACAAGCACACUGACACGGACACACUGACACAUGCACACACACACUGACACACACACACACACACGCACACACACGUACGCACACACACACACACACACACACUGACACGGACACAUUGACACACUGACACACACAGACACACACACACACACACACUGACACACAGACACAUGGACACACACUGACACACGCGCACACACACGGACACUGACACACACACACACACACACACACACACACACACACUGACACACACACACACUGACACACACACACGGACACACACACACACUGACACACACACUGACACACACUGACACACACACACGGACACACACACACACUGACACACACACUGACACACACACACACUGACACACACACACACUGACACACACACACGGACACACACACACACUGACACACACACUGACACACACACACACUGACACACACACUGACACACACACACACUGACACACACACACGGACACACACACACACUGACACACACACUGACACACACACACACUGACACACACACACACUGACACACACACACGGACACACACACACACUGACACACACACUGACACACACACACACUGACACACACACUGACACACACACACACUGACACACACACACGGACACACACACACACUGACACACACACUGACACACACACACACUGACACACACACACACUGACACACACACACACACAGUUGUUUGCAGGAGGGUGGAGGUCUCAUGACCAACAAUUAUCAAACGCGUUUGCAAAGAGAGAGAGAGGGAGAGAGAUAAAGAGAGAGAGAGAGUGAUAGAGGGAUGGAGGGAGAUCACUCUGCACUUUCACACUUCCACUCUGAGAAUGACACAAACUGGGCACCUCCGUAAAACCCACAGACAGAGAACAGGGCAACAGCAUCAGUGGAGCUAUCUAUAUCAUCAUCAGCCAGGCAUUCUCAAUUCAAUUCAAGUGUGCUUUACUGGCAUAACUGUAUCCCAAGUAUUACCAAAGCAAUUCAUAACUAUACAACAAUUAACAUUUAUAUGAACUAAACAUCUCUCUCUCUCUCUCUCUCUCUCUCUCUCUCUCUCUCUCUCUCUCUCUCUCUCUCUCUCCCUCUCUCUCUUACACAGAUUCCAGGUGCAUUGAUAUACUGUCAUUAUGAAUCUUCAUGCUUAGUUUAGGGGGGCGUACAUUGAACUGUAUGAACUAUUGCUGACGUGUUAUGAGUACAGUAUGAACAUGUCAUUUUUAUCAUCAGUGUCGUUACCGCACUGUAUUCAACACUAGAAGCGUUUCCCGCGCAUAUCAGUCCCAACGCACGGUGUAAAUAUUAAGGAACACUUUGUUUUGUACUUUUUAGCCAAAAUUGUGCAUUUUAUUACCUCAAUAUUAUUAUAUCUAUUGUAAUUCUAAAUUGUUAGAAUCUUGAUUACUGAUUGUCUUCAAUACGAUUAAGUGUUGCUUGAAUAUGAGACUGUUUUAUCCACUCUCUAGGUCACUUGGCUGGCACUGUGAAGUUUAUAAUCACUUGGUCACCUUUUAUUCAAGGAGGGUCAGUUUUAAAGAUCUGUCCUGGACAGCUCUGGAUCUGUAGAGUUCUGCAGUGUUGAGUGGAGUUCUUUUUCCUAUACUGCUAGAGCGCUCUGCAGUGUGGAGUGGAGUUCUCUUUCCUAUACUGCUAGAGCGCUCUGCAGUGUGGAGUGGAGUUCUCUUUCCUAUACUGCUAGAGCGCUCUGCAGUGUGGAGUGGAGUUCUCUUUCCUAUACUGCUAGAGCGCUCUGCAGUGUUGAGAGUGGAGUUCUCUUUCCUAUACUGCUAGAGCGCUCUGCAGUGUGGAGUGGAGUUCUCUUUCCUAUACUGCUAGAGCGCUCUGCAGUGUGGAGUGGAGUUCUCUUUCCUAUACUGCUAGAGUGCUCUGCAGUGUGGAGUGGAGUUCUCUUUCCUAUACUGCUAGAGCGCUCUGCAGUGUGGAGUGGAGUUCUCUUUCCUAUACUGCUAGAGCGCUCUGCAGUGUGGAGUGGAGUUCUCUUUCCUAUACUGCUAGAGCGCUCUGCAGUGUGGAGUGGAGUUCUCUUUCCUAUACUGCUAGAGCGCUCUGCAGUGUGGAGUGGAGUUCUCUUUCCUAUACUACUAGAGCGCUCUGCAGUGUUGAGUGGAGUUCUCUUUCCUAUACUGCUAGAGCGCUCUGCAGUGUUGAGUGGAGUUCUCUUUCCUAUACUGCUAGAGCGCUCUGCAGUGUUGAGAGUGGAGUUCUCUUUCCUAUACUGCUAGAGCGCUCUGCAGUGUUGAGAGUGGAGUUCUCUUUCCUAUACUGCUAGAGCGAUCUGCAGUGUUGAGUGGAGUUCUCUUUCCUAUACUGCUAGAGCGCUCUGCAGUGUUGAGUGGAGUUCUCUUUCCUAUACUGCUAGAGCGCUCUGCAGUGUGGAGUGGAGUUCUCUUUCCUAUACUGCUAGAGCGCUCUGCAGUGUGGAGUGGAGUUCUCUUUCCUAUACUGCUAGAGCGCUCUGCAGUGUGGAGUGGAGUUCUCUUUCCUAUACUGCUAGAGCGCUCUGCAGUGUCGAGAGUGGAGUUCUCUUUCCUAUACUGCUAGAGCGCUCUGCAGUGUUGAGUGGAGUUCUCUUCAGGAAAGGGUUGUGUUUUUUUUUUACAGAACACUUAUUUUUAUUUUUAAAUAUACAGAUAGAACUUGGGUUCGAGCCUGCAGCCUCGCCAUGAACACCGCGGGCUCGUUUCCGUCUCACUUCGUCUUCAUUGCUGCCUUGUUUGGUGUUAUUUUAUCUUGUUCAAUUUGUUAAAGGGAUUGUAUUGAAAAUGUUUUGAGGUUUGUUUUGUUUUUCUGGAUAUUUUUGUAACACUUUGUAAAUGAGCAGGCUUGACCCCAUUCUAGGUAUUCUGAAAACCACACUUAACACUAAGUACUUGAGCUUUACAAACCUCGCCUUACAAAAAACUCUUACUACACUAAACUGCAGUACACCACAUGCAGCACAGCUCCUGAGUACAGAGACCUAUUACACAUUUUCAUUAUACUUUGCAAAAUCCUUUUGCAUAGUUAGUGGAGCCAGACCCUCUCACCCAACAAGAGAGAUGACAUCUCUUAUAAUAAACAGAGACCCCCAAAACACCCCACCACAGCCCUGCGAAAUCCAAAUUACUGCUGCAUGAACCCCCCAUUCUGAGCAGCGCUGCCAUCCUGUGCCAGGUGUGCUGCAGGGUACAGAGCUGUGCCAGCCUCCUGCUGUCUGCCCUGCACUGUAGAGGUGGGUAAAGGACAGGGUAGAUUGACUUAGCCAGUCUACCAAAGGUGUAUAACCUAGGACUGGACCUGGAGUGCCCCUUGUAAAAGUUUCACACAGUAAAGUGUAAUAAAGCACAGUGAAGUCUAGAGAAAGCAGGAGGGAGGGUGCCCCAUCUUCCUGUGAACCCCAAGUGCCUGCUGGGAUACUGGAGGAUGCCUGUUUGAAGCUGCAUGCGGAUUGGUUUAUGUUGCUGUGUGUAUUCUCUGCUACAUGCCUGUACCGCUCUGUACCUGUGCAGUAAACUUUAAAAUAAAUAAAUACGUGUUCCUUCAAACAAA